AUGCAUAUUAGUUCUACAGACGAGUCUUCGAACCUCAUCGAGAUCCAGCUCGAACCCUACCUCAAGCCUUACCCUGCCUAUCUCAGCAUUUGCCCACAACCGUCCACCAUGUCUCACUCGGUCCCAGAUCUGGACUCCAUUGGCAUUAAAGCCCAUCCGGAGCUCGCAGACCAGUUUCGCCGAGAGGUUGCUCAGCUCCUGGGGCGCACCAACCUCAAUUUCCCAGGCGCACAACCAGUCAGCUUCUCGGCGAAACACCUGGCGGAGCUCCAGCGAGAAGACUACUAUGUCUGCGAAAAGACAGAUGGCAUUCGUUGCUUGAUGUACUUUGCGCACGGCGAUCCGGAGUCCGACACGCCAGAAAUUCAUUAUCUGAUCGACCGCAAGAACGACUACCGUUUCGUCCCAGGCCUGCACUUCCCCCAGCCCGGUGACUUCCAAUCAUUCCACGCGGACACUCUGGUAGAUGGCGAGCUGGUUUGCGACACGGCCAAAGAUGGCUCGCAGGAACUGAAGUACCUCGUCUUCGACUGCCUGGUGCUGGACGGACAAAGCCUCAUGCACCGCACUCUCGACAAGCGGCUAGCCUAUCUGAAAGAAAAAGUCCUCAAGCCCUACAAUGCUCUCUUCGAAAAGUUCCCCGAAGAGAAAGCCCACCGCCCCUUCGUCGUCGAAGACAAGUCCACCCAAUUCAGCUACGCAGUGGACAUGAUGUUCCGCGACAUCAUCCCUAAAGUCAAGCUCCUCCACGGAAACGACGGCCUGAUCUUUACCUGCCGCAGCACUCCCUACCGCAUUGGCACCGACGAGCACAUCCUCAAGUGGAAGCCUCCAUCCGAAAACACCAUCGACUUCCGCAUGCGCCUGGAGUUCCCCAUCUACGAGCCCGACACCGACGAUGAAGCCGACGGUAUCUCUGACCCAUACCCGGACUAUGAUGCCCUCCCGAUCUGCCAUCUCUUCGUCAUGGUCAACGCGGGCGAGCACCGACAUUUCGGCGAAAUGCAUAUCACCCCUUCCGAGUGGAAAGACAUGCAAGCGCUGAACGUCCCGCUCGACGAUGCCAUCGUCGAAUGCUACAAGGACGAGAAUGGUCGCUGGCGCUUCCAUCGCAUCCGCGACGACAAGAAUGAUGCGAAUCACGUCUCGACGGUCGAGAAGGUUCUCGAGAGUAUCGAGGACCGGGUCACAGAGGAGGACCUGAUCCGUGCUGCGCCGGCGAUCAAGGCGGCUUGGAAGAAUCGGAACGAUCCUCAUUCGAAGCCGAGGGGGAUGCCGCCGCCUGCGAAUGGGAAUGGCGUUAAAAGGAAGUAUGAGGAGUGA